ACUGUCAUUGUGCUGUCACAUCUCCUAUAAAAAGCAAAAGCAAAUGCAAUUUACUUUUUGUGCUGGACAAAACUUUGCAGAUUUUAUUUCCAUUUUUCGUAGUUCAACACGAAUCUGAUUCGACGUAGUUUUGCUCAUGGAGGUUUUCAAUAAGCUUUACACUUCCGUAACACAAACAGUGUCUCAGCUGUCCUCUGUUCUACCAGGAAAUCCAGUGACGAGAGAAUACGACAUAACUGGACAUAUUGCAAGUGCAGGAAGGGGAUGUAUGUGGAAAAUCUACUCGGGUACGAAAAAAUCAACCGGACAGGAAGCAUCAAUCUUCCUUCUAGAGAAAAGACUGUUCGAGCGAUAUUCCAAAGAAGACCGAGAAGAGAUCUUCGAAAUUGCCCGGAGGGGAGUGACACAGAUAACGAAAAUCCGUCACCCACAAGUGCUGACUGUGCAGCAUCCACUGGAAGAGAGUCGGGAAAGCUUUGCCUUCGCCACGGAACCAGUGUAUGCCAGUUUGGCCAAUGUGCUCGGCGACACAACGAACAUCCCAGCGCACGUCAUUUCUGAACUGGGGAGCUACAGUUUGUACGAGACGGAAAUUAAGUACGGACUGUUGCAACUGAUCGAAGGGAUCCAGUUUAUACACAAUGAAACUAAGCUAAUCCACCGGAACAUCAGUCCGCACAGUGUGGUGCUGAAUUCACAUGGAAUUUGGAAAAUCUUCGGCUUCGAUUACUGCACAAGCGUUGAAAGUGCCAAUCGAUACGAUUACAAUCCAAAUCAGAAUAUCCUGGCCAUUCCAUGUUUGGAGUACACCGCUCCCGAGUGUGCCCUUGAAAACGGGUAUUCAUCGCGUGCGGAUUAUUAUGCGCUAGGUGUUCUCAUAGGUGCAAUAUAUGCGAAAAAGUGUAAUCCAUUCAAAACAUUUGGGCGAGACUACACGGCUUUCAAGAAGCACGCUCAAGAGUUGCGCUCUGGAAAGUGUCCAAAUCUGAUGAACGUUCCACAGGCUAUUCGGAAUAACGUUGAGAAGUUACUGACGGCCAGUCCCGAGAGGAGACCAGAUUUGGUACAGCUAAGCAAGGUUCCUUACUUUGACGACAUAGGAGUAAAAAGCCUAAGCUAUUUGGAUACUCUCUUCCAACGAGACAAUCAAGAUAAAGCCAAAUUUUACAAAGGUUUGCCGCAGAUAAUUAAAAUGCUACCAGCCCGCAUCAAUCUGCAUAGGAUACUGCAAUGCCUCGUUAAAGAAUUCAUACACCCCACCAUGAUACCGUUCGUGUUACCGAAUGUUCUGUUGAUUGCCGAAAGCUGCAGCAAAGCAGAGUACGAAAAGCACAUCUUUCCCCACAUCAAAUCCAUCAUGAGCUUACAAGACCCCGUCCAAAUAUUGCUCAUUUUCAUGCAAAACAUGGAACUUCUGCUGAAACUGACGUCGCCCAACGAUGUAAAGCUCUACGUGCUCCCAAUGGUGUACAAAGCUUUGGAGUCGAGUUCUACCCAAGUGCAGGAACUUUGUCUGGCGGUUCUCCCAUCGUUCGCAAAUCUGAUCGACUAUCCUUCCAUGAAGAACUCGCUCUUGCCACGAAUCAAACAUCUAUGCGCGAAGAGCAGCGUGUCUUCAGUUAGAGUGAAUUGUCUUUUGUGCGUGGGUCAGCUAUUGCCGCAACUUGACAAAUGGUUGGUUUUGGACGAUAUCCUGAUGUUCCUGCCGACCGUUACUCCUCGUGAGCCGGCGGUCAUAAUGGCCAUCAUUGGCAUCUACAAAGUAGCCGCAAAUCACGAAAUGCUUGGAAUUCCGAAAGAGUUUGCCGCCAAUAAAGUCCUUCCCUUCAUGUGGCCCUUAUCGAUUGAGAACGGCUUAACUCUGCAGCAGUAUAAUGUGAUUAUGGCUUUCAUAACUGAACUGUCUCAAAAAGUUCAAUCGGAACACACUAGAAAAUUGGAACAGUUGAACACGGGUGGAACCGAUAACAAUCCAUUGCAAUAUGACAUCUUGGCACCAUCCAAGGCCGAUAAUAACCACGAGGAUAAACAUAUCGGUAUCAUGACCAAGGAUUUCGUUGAUAAGGCAAAGAUUGAAAAGCCCGCACCAUCAAAACCACUAACGCUUAGCGAAAUAAAACCCAUAGAAAAUAGCGUUCCCAAAAUUAGUGCACCGGUGUCCACCUCGAUGAAUGCGACAUUCUCCCUAUCCACGCAACCAUUCGCGCCUCCGCCGCAAUCAACUUUCCAGCCAAUGUCGACAUGGCAGCCACAGCAACGACCUUUGGCGUCUCAGUACAAUGCCGGGGGAAUGGGUUUCAACGCCAGUCAACCCAAAGCCCCCAUGGAUCAGUUCCAGGCGCUUUUACCGCCAACGACCGGUAGCAAUUAUCUGAAUAACAACAGUCAAACGAAAACCCCGCUGCUUCAGCCUACGAACAGUUCGUGGAGCACCAGUACGGGUACUAGUCAGGGUAGUAGUAUACUAUCGAAAGAGGAUAUAUUAGAAUUUUUGAAGUAAGCGAUGUGCAAGACCUGUUAAUUCGGUACGGGUAUGAUACAUUCCAUUGGGCCGGGGUUCUGUUGAUUCGCACCAAGGUCAAAUUAAAAAUAACCCAAUUUUGGCAAAAGUUUUCGUGUAGCAGUUUCAAUUGAACAUUAAUCGUAUCGGAUGUUAUCUACCACAAUGAAUGAGGUUAUUAUUUGGCAUUUUGUGCUGUUUCGCAGAAUCCUAACCAUUUGUACUUAAUUCCAUGUAGCAUUUUAUAUCACAGAUCUUACGACUACUUACUAUUAUUACUUAAGUAACGAGUCGUGGCCACUGAUUAUUUGAGAGAAUAUUUCAAUUUUUGUUAGUGUUUAUUUCCUCGAAAUGUUUUACAGUUUGGAUCAUCUGACUAUACGUGUAAUAUGGUAGCAUUAUAACUAGAAAAAUUAAGACAAUUGUAAAUAAGGCAUGUAGUUGGGUUGCGUAGAUGUUUUAGACUGCAUUUGUUAUUAUUGUCAUCUACUCACCGGCAGCAGCAUAUCAUACAAUCGAUCGAAACGUCUCAGAUCGAGACCAGCUGUGGCAGCUAAUGCACGAACACGGAUUUCCGGAUAAUCUGACACGGUUUAUCAAGGCGAUGACGAAUCGGGUGAUGUCGUAGGGGCAUUCUCGGGUCCAUGGUAUUUCGUGUCAGCUAUUCAACAUCGCUUCGGAAAGAGUAAUACGAAGGGCUGGGCUUCACACGAGUUGUACGAUUUUCACGAAGUCCGGCUCCGCCGACAACAUUGAUAUUAUGGCACGUAACUUGGAGAAGAUGGAGGAAGCCUACAUCAGUCUAAAGAGGGAAGCUAAGCGGAUCGCACUAGACAUACAAAGUACAUGAUAGGAAAAGGUUCAAGAGAAGACAAUAGUGACGAAAUCGAGGUGGUAGUAGAAUUUGUGUAGUUGGGCUUACUGGUGAGUGCCGAAAAUGAUACAAGGGCAAGGUAGAUCGAUCUAGUAGAAGAUGACUUGCAGACCCUCCGUAGACUGUGUGGUUGGCGACGUGUAGCCAUGGACCGAACCGAAUUGAGAAGACUUAUGUACUGCACAGGCCACUUGAAUCAAUAAAGUUAGUAUUGUACAUACAAUGUAAAUGUUUAGACUUUUAAAUUGAAUCAUUCACUAGCUUUGGAAAUUAGAUACUUUCAAUACAAAAACAGGGCAACUAUCUACUGCCGCCAUACGCAUAUUUAUUCCAUGUUUGCUGGUAUUUCCCAUGUACAUGGGGCAGCUAUGCCUAUAACGGCAGUCAAGUGGAGAUUCAAAAUCAUAUUGAAAAAAAAAAAACAUUACACCCGAUUCUUUUUUUUACACGGGGGAUGCGUUCCGUGUAAAAAGUUUUCAGUUCCAAAUUUGAAAAUCCGUGUAAAAAAGUUUUAUGAUUUCUCGACGAAUCAUGCAAAAUGGAGCAACUUUGCAAAAAAUUUGUAUGGGAUUUUUUUUUACACGACCGUGUAAAAACAGAAUCGGGUGUAUUCAAUAUUCAAACGCCAUAAAGGAGCAACAUUGGUUAAUCGAAUAUAAAUGCAAAUAGGAAAUAAAACUUAUUGUUGACUGUAUAAUUUAUUUAUCACUGUAUGUUAUGUCAAAUAAAAUAUAGAUACAUACCUAAAA